AAAACGCGAGCUCCAAAUGCCAAUGGAGUGGGCACCGCGCUGUCAUAUGGUACUGUCGCCGAUUCUUGAGAUAGGAUUGAGGCUUGAGCAGGCUCAACGGAGGCAGCCGUGACUUGGUCUUCAUAUCACAACCGAACCUCGACUUGGAAUAACCCAGCUGUGCGUUUACACCUUUCGUCUUGUGAGCGACGCGGCAUGCAGCGCGGGAACAAUGGGGAUGGUCAGAGGUUGCGCUGAGGACGCCAGAUGCCAUACCGCACAUAUGUCCUCCCUAACAUACGAAUCCAGGCUCAACGCAGGUUAUUGAUUAUGCUUGCGGGGUCCGAUCGGGAGCCAGACGUUUCAGCAGCAGCAGAGAGAGUGCAGCGAGGUGGAUGCUGCGCGGCGACGCGCCCCCUGAAUCCCUAAACUGAAUCUUGUGGACAGUGUUUGAGAGUGUGUGUGCAUAUGUGUGUGCGUGUGUGAGGGCGCGCGUGAAAGUGUGUGUGUUAGCACUUCCACAUGGCCUCCAUGCAGGACGGGGUGAACUUCUCUGCUCAUCCCUACGGCAAAGUACUGCUGCUGGGGGCCAUCGCCGCCGCCUCAGCCUUCGUUGUCACCAUUCUCAUCGUCGUGCUAUGUGUGGGCUGCCAGAGAAAGGGGAAGACGCACAAUGGCCCUGGAGAGGAGAGGAAGCACAGGCUCAUGGACAUGAGUAUACUGCGGCAGUCCAAGCUGCGCUCCAUCAGUAAGUCAGACACCAAGCUUCAUGAGAUGAACAGACUCAACUGCAAUGGCAAGAAAUCUUCUAAGAAGAACCGUCCCGCCAGCAUGGAUCUGCUCCUACUCCCUAGCCGUCGCUCAAACUCCGACCUGCGUUCUCAGGGCCGCCAGCUGCCUCAGAUCCCCUCUGGUGAGGACGGGGAACACACGUACGCUGAGGUGGGCCGCCGCUCCUCUCCCACACGUGGUUCUGAGGAUGCCCGCUAUGGCGUCGGAGGUCGAGCUGGGGAGACGGACACCCCCGCCCCACCGGCGGUCCCUGCUAAUACCCCAGCUCCACCUGAUCCUGACGGGGACUGCUUAGAGGGUGGGAUUCCGGAACCUGAGACCCUCCCCCAAGUAUUAAACACGCCCCCUCAACCGCAGGAGACAGUGGAGUACGCCUGCAUCAGAAAGGUCCGGAGAGUGGACAAAGCCGCCCAGAAGAGGGACAAUGGGACGGAGACCGAGGAGGGGCUUGGACAACAACGACACAGUAGUGGGGACAUUCGGCAUGCCCCACCUACUCACCCAGCCCCGCCUCCAACGCACCCACACAGUCAGAAGAUUCCUCGGAAAAACAUGGAGGGCUUCAACCUACCGUCUUUCCCUAAGGAGGCAGUGUUUAUGGGAAAUGGAGAGCAGUACAUAUGGAAACCUCCGGAAGAGGAUGACAUCAUCUUCCAGCACAAGCAGAUGGGUAUUCUAAGCUCUAAUGCGGGAGAGAAUAUGGCAGCAUCUGCAGCAGGGAUCACAGAGAUGUAUUCGAAAGUCUGCAAACUGGGCAAAAAGAAGCGAGGCGUGCCCGGCUCGCCCCCCGCUGCGAGGGACAUCAGCGGCUAUAGGACCUUGGCUCGGGGUGACCGCGGUGAGCGUGACGGGGGUUUCAGCGUGGUAGUCAAACCCCAAACAUGGGCACCGCAGGAGGGUAAAGCCUCGAGAGCGCCACCCGGCUGCAUGGAGGACCACUGCUACGAAGCCAUCAGCACCGAGGAAACAGACCUGGCUUACGAGACCAUGGAGGGUGGGGGAGGCUGGAGGCGAGACAGGCCUCCGCCCAAUGCCAGCGCCACCUUGCGACCCAAGCGGAAGAGGCCCCAGCAGCCCUUACAACAACCACCGCCACCCCCUCCACCCCCCCAGCAGACCCCCAAACUACAGCAUCUCCCGGCCAAAGCAAUGCUGAUGCCCGGGGAGAGCCUGUAUGAGAGCAUCCCUGACCUGAAGCAGGGCUCGGCAACCUCCAGCACAACCACCAUCUUUACUUUUAAUGACGGUAUGGAGAUGUAUGUCACUGGCCUGUAGGGGGUGCUCUAGUAAAGGGAACUUUCCUCUCUAGGGCUUGAAUUUUGAAUUGGGACACGCGCACGUGUGUCGUAACCCAAUGGGAUACGCGCAUUGUGCCACUGCUAUAUAUUUUACAUGGGUUCCAAGUAUUAGUUGAGCAUUAAUUGAGUUUUGUAAGUCUAGUUAAAGGUCAGUAUUCUCGCAGCACAAAAUGAUAGAAUGAAAUGAUUUCGAUUAGUCACACACCUCAUCACGAGGAAGAAAAAUAGUCACCAGCCAUGACAUAUUACCACACACAAAACAUAUCACACCUAACAGUAGCAUUCCUGUAGAGGGAAUUCUUGUUUAUUUAUCAUUAAAUGUUGUAUUUUCGAACAAAGUGACCAUCGGAAUUGCGGGUCAAACUCGUAUUUGAUGCCUAGAAAAUCCCAAAGGAGAAAAAAAACGAGCACAAGCCAAUUACAAAAGCAACUUCUCAAAAAGCACAGUCUAAUUGUGUUCCACGGCCCUCUGAGGAAAUUUUUUGGAUUCGAAGCACUUAGCAAAGCUCUGUCCCAUUUCAAAAAUGAAUAUAUAGAAAGCGAACUUUAUCAGAGAGCCAAUCAAAAGCUAUUGCAAAGCAAAAUAUCAUAUAUUGACAAAAAGCCUUUAUUUAAUCUGUUCAUAGAAGAAUUGAUCCUAUUUUAAAACAGCUAAAAGCUAUCUAUUAUCUAAAAGCUUUAGGAAAUACAUGGCUCUAUUUUUGUAAUAUCAAAGCCUCUAUUUCUGUAAAAAAUUAAUCACAUAAUUUUAGAGUUAAAAUAAAGAUUCUAAUUCGAUUGGUCAAACAGAUCCUGUACGUCAAUAAAGUAUUUUCUUAUAAGCACAAAUAUUUCAUGCUCAGCAUGUCAUCUGUCGUAGACAGUCCCCUUAUAAAAUUGAAGAGUA